AUGACGGUUUCGAUGUACGACGAUGAGCUGCUGGGACAGACCGGAACCCAGCCUGAUCAACAGAGCCCGAUGGCUACGGGCAAAAUCGAGGAGAAGCUCACCGAGAUCCAGCAGUUCUACGACAAAUGUAGCAUCUUCAUCACAGGCGGAACCGGAUUUCUUGGCAAAACUCUCAUCUACAAACUGCUGACAAGCUGCCCGGGAAUCGAAAACAUCUUCCUGCUGGUGCGGAGCAAGCGAGGCAAAGACAUUUUCUCCCGCGUGGAAGAGAUCUUCGACGAUGCUAUGUUUGACAAAAUGAAGCAGGCCUGUCCGAAGUAUGAUCACAAAAUUCGCGCCGUCGCGGGCGACUGCAUGCAACCGGGCCUCGGCAUCAGCUCGUCCGAUCGUGAGGUGUUGACGGAAAACGUCAACAUCGUGUUUCAUCUUGCCGCCACGGUGCGAUUCGAUGAGAAGAUGAAGACGGCCAUGCAGAUCAACGUGAAGGCGUGCCGGGACGUGUUGGACCUGUGCCACGACAUGAAGCACCUGAAGUCGGUCAUCUACGUCUCGACGGCGUACACGCAAUGUCCGCAAGCGGUCGUCGAUGAGCGGUUCUACGAUCCACCGAUGGAGUCGGAGAAGAUGAUCCACCUGACCGAUUGCGUGACCGACGGUAUGAUCGAGAAGAUCACUCCAGUGCUGCUGGACAAAUGGCCCAACACGUACACCUUCACGAAGGCCAUCGCCGAGGACGUGGUACGGAAGAACAGCCGCGGAAUGCCGGUGGGAAUGUUUCGGCCAGGAAUCGUCAUUGCGACCUACCAGGAACCCGUACCAGGAUGGAUCGAUAACUUCUACGGACCAACGGGUGUGAUUGCUGGCGCUGGCACUGGAGUGCUGCGAACGCUGCGUGCAGACCCGGCCAAGGUGGCCAACAUGGUUCCGGUUGAUCUGUGCGUGAACGGCAUCAUCUCCUCCGCCUGGGACAUCGCUGAGCGAUUCCGAACCGAAAUUUUGCCCGACCCGGAAAUCCCGAUCUACAACUUUUGCACCGAACCCAACAAUUGCAUCACGUGGGGUGACUUUACGCACACCACGAUCAAGUUUGGCUCGAUGUAUCCCACCAUGAAGGCGAUCUGGUACCUGUGCUAUGCCAGCAAUCCCAACAUCGUGCUGCACUACCUGUCCAUCAUCUUCCUGCACUAUGCGCCGGCCGUCGUCUGUGACAUCAUUGCGGUGCUGAUCGGCAGAAAGCCAAGACUCCUACGGAGCUACAAGAAGAUCCACCGCUUUAUGGACGUGAUUGAGUACUUUUCCAUGCGCGAGUGGCAAUUCAAGAUGGACAACAUGAACGCUCUCUGGCGCAAGCUGUCGAGCGCGGACCAGAAGCUGUUCUUCUUCGACAUGCGCCAAAUCAACUGGGACUACUUCCUGGAGCAGUACUUCUGCGGCAUCCGGCGGUACCUGCUAAAUGAUCCGAUGGAAACCGUCCCGCAGGCGGUGGUCCGCUGGAAUCGCCUCUACUGGCUGCACCAGGCCACGAAAGUCGUCGUGCUGCUGCUGCUGUACAAGAUGGUGAUGUCCGUCUGGGGGAUGCUGAGCUAGAGCGGAAGAACGGUGCCGUUUAAUCCCGAGGGGAGUCGCCUUUUGCGGCACGUUUUUGGUACAACCACCCACAGUUCUGUUUCGCUGGCUUUAUAUUACCUGCAUAGAAUGUAAGGUUUCAGGAAGGGAAAAGCAGACAAUUAUUUAAGAGAGAAUUGCGUACGGUGCGCAUCUGUGGCCACAGGUGUGGCCAACGCUCGAACAUUUUGCUCCGUGUAUAGAUUUUACUUGCUGCUGCAACACGUCGAAGUGCAUCGCUGUCGAAGUGCAUGCAUCGUCCCGGUGUUGUCGAUUUAGUUGUACAUUUAGUACCGGUUUCCUUUCGAGUUACGUGUAAAUCGGUUGCGGCGGCAGUACGUAAGACAUACGCCGAUUUCAAUACAUAUGCUAGGCAGUAAGGUCCACUGAGCGGUAGGGAACUAGUAGUAACGAGACCCGCAGGUCGUAAAGCUCGUCUUGCUCGAAGAAACAGCCACGCGGCUGCAUGUAUGUAUCAUUCAUUCCAAAUAAAUCAUGAAUUAUAAUAUCGCACGUGGUAGUGCUAGUUUCAAAUGGGGGCUGCAACAGAUAUAGUAUGAUAUUCAGCAUUAACAAUUGCAUACACGUGGUACGAUAGGAUCUACAUAUACUCACAGGAGCACAUUAUUUUUUUGAAAUUCUUUUUUACCGUUGCGCUAAGAAAAACAAUGAGCACGAUCACUACUCGGUAAGAGUUUGCGAGCGAAUAUGAAGAUAUUAUGAGCUUCAGCGAGUCGAGAAUAAGGGCGGCAAACUAUUUAAAAGUAAAUUGUGUACUACUUUAAAACGUUGAAACUCCAAAUGAUCAAUAAAGUGAGUAAAAGCUAAAUCAGUCUUUAACAAUAUGACGAUCGGGCGAAAAGUGGUGGAGGGCACGUGGACAAUA